AUGAGACCCUCAAUCGCCAAUCAGAUCCUUUGUAGUGCUGCUGCUGUGUCAAGCUUGACACUGCCUCGGUCACUACUAAGGAGACAACAGCUCGUUGAUCUAUCCAUAUUCGGCCCCGGAUUCCAGACCAUCACGCUUGAGGAGGCAAAGGCCAACGCGGAGAUCAACAACGCCAAGAAUACCUUGACGAACACAUCCAGCUCGAGUUCAACGGGCGCUGGAAAGGACGGCAAUGUGCAAACCGCGGAAACGGAUGCUGAAGAUGGGACGGUGACUACACAGGCGGGUACCUGCACAGCGCCGGCCACCCGCAUCGAAUGGCGAUCUCUAUCCGACGCCGACAAGACUGCCUUCGUACAAGCUGUGAGGUGCCUCGUCGAUCUUCCCGCCUCGGGCGCAUUCUCCGGCGCGGGAUCCCAGAACCGAUACGAGGAUCUCGUCGCGGUCCAUUCGCAGAUGACUGGAUCCAUCCACAGCGUGGCGCAGUUCCUUCCUUGGCACCGCUAUUAUGUUCAUGUCUUUGAGUCCCUGCUGCGCGAAGAGUGUUCGUAUGCCGGCCCAAUGACAUGGUGGAAUGAAGCACUUGAUGCAGGCAAUUUCGCAUCUUCGCCUGUUUUCAAUGCACAGUGGUUCGGCUCCGGUCCUUUGAAGACUUCUGAUGGCCAGGGUACCUGCAUCGCAGACGGCGCAUUUGGUGGAAUCACCUUGCAUGUUGGAGGAGACCGUUGCCUAUCGAGAGCAAUAGACGAGAGUGCCACCAGCAACUGUAACACAGACUUCGUGAAUAGCUGCAACUCAAACAAUGCCUAUUCUGAUAUGGAGUCCUGUUCCGAGUUUGGCCCCCAUGGCUACGGACAUAAUGGCGUUGGCGCGGUCAUGUCACAGGUGCCUGCAUCUCCCAGUGACCCUGUGUUCUUCAUGCAUCACGGUUUUGUUGAUCAUAGCUGGGUCCUCUGGCAGAAUGCCGAUAUCCCCAACCGACUCUACCAAGUCAACGGCUGCUCAGAUACAGCAAACCCCUGCACUCAGCUUACCACGAAUUACGUCCUGAGCUCCCAGGGGCUUCGUCCUGAUGCAACUGUUAAUGACGUGAUGGAUACUCAGGGUGGCUACCUAUGUUACGUGUACGAUUCUUAA